AUGAAGACGCAAGUGGUGGUGCCCAUCCUCGUUGCUGUGUGCUCCAGCAUCAUGUACAUGGUCGCUGUCACUCCUUCGGGUGACGCGUGGAACGCGAAUUGGGUGGCCGUCGCAGAGGCCGCAAACACCAAUGUGACGUGGAUGCAAGAAGGCACGCAAGAAGCAUACCGAUUCCGGCAAUUCAAAGAAAACAAGACGUUCUGCUUCUCGCCGAGCUCGUCGCUUCCUUUCCGAGUGGACAGCUUGAACGAUCCGCGGCAACCAUACUUAGUGCAAUAUGUAGCGCGCUUUGAGCAGUUCAAUGCUUGGUUGGAUCAAGUCGACCCGUACGUCACUCCUGCGAAGCAAUUUCUCGGGUCAAUGCAACCGCUCAUGUGGGGAUGGAGCAAUCUGCGCGUUGCGAUCACGAGCGAUUCGGCGUCGUCGCUGACCUAUACCUACACAACACCACCAUCGCGGGUGUGCCACAUUUUGGAACACGUUCAAGGCUCCGCGUACCCAUCGAUUCGAAAUGUCUUGCCGGACAUGGCGCUCUACGUCUUGAGCAAAGCGGCCGCCUUUACGAAGCGGUACUGCGAAGGCUGCUCCCGUGGAUGUCCUGUCGCUUGCGAAGACACCAACAACUCGGGCAUGUGCAUGGCGACGUUUAGCCCGCACCAGUAUCCCUGUGUGACCGUCCAUGGCCUGGAGACUGGGUACAUGACGAGCCAGGCCCACGUCGCGUUCACGACGGUCUUCUACUCGGUCAUAUCGCUGCAAUAUGUUCAAAAUCUCGCGUGGGGGUACCUCUUGUACUUCUUUUCAGCGAAAUUGGCGCAAAGCCGCGCCUUCCACUACGUCCUCGGCGCGGCGAUCGGAAUUGUGUGCUCGAUUGCACUUUUAUUGUACCAGCUGUACAAGCAAAGCCAAAGCACGAUCCGACUCCUUCCAGGUGCCGGACUCGUCCAGAGCGCGUCGUUGCUGACCACCAUCGCGUUCCCCGUGACGGGGUUCAUGAUGCUGCCUGCCGUGUACUCGCUUCUUCAAUGGGCGAUGGGUCUCCUCUUUACGUUUUGGGCCAGCGACGACGUUUUUGGAGUCCCGCACUUGGGCAAAUUCUACUUUUUACUGUUUGGGCUUGUCGGGAUGGCCUUUGUCUGGUGGUUCCAGUGGUGGGCGCCGCCCACCACGUCGGCCGACUCGACGGUCGACAGCGGCAACGACGACGAAGAUGUCGCGGUUGUGUUGGCCGAUCUGCGGCGCAUGGAAGCGGAGGACCUGCUUCUGCCGGACAACCAACAACGACUGGCUCGAGCCCUGCAGUUGUUUUCCAUCAUGCUGCUGUUCCAAAGCACGUCGUCUGUCGUGCUGUCGUGGGUGAUCGUGACGGUGGCGCUCCUGUGGUCGGUGCUGGAAGCUCUGUUUGGCCACGUGUACUACUGGUACUGGUCGGAGAUGCCGGGGCUCCACUCGACGCUGAUCUCGACGGACGAGUACGCUACCCAGGGCAAGACUGAAACGGAAAAAGCACUCGCGGCACUGCGCCAGCACUUGAAGGAGAACCCGCACGUGGCCGAGACCGUACGCGAAGACCACGAAGUCCGCUUGCGCCGGUUCAUGCACGGCCGAGAUCACAUGGAAGCGUCGAUGGGCAAGGCGCCGAAGGACUCGCAGCCUUCCAAGUCCCACUGGCGGUGCUGCAUUCAGUGA